AUGGUUGACGAUUCGGAUGUUGAUGCUCUUGCUAGCAGUUCUUUUAACGAAGCAUGUGGUAAAUUGGACGAUGGAGAUGAUGUUGUGAAUAAGAGGCCGAUUGAGAAAAAGGAGAAAGGAGAAAAAGGAGAAAGGAGAAAAAGGAAGGAUUACAUGUGGCAGCUCUCAAGCGGAAAAUUUGUGGAGGAAGAACUCUUCAAUCUUGGAAAUAGACUGGAGUUUGAACAUACACUCCUCGAUGUGGAUGACGAGUUGAUUAAACAGCAUUUCAUAAAAGCUGAACUGCAAGAAAUAGAUGACCUACAUGGCCCACAUGUGCCCAGUCUUUCUCAAGAAAGGGGAAAGCGUAACCUCGCAACGGCUCUCAGGAAGAAUAAAGGGAGACUGACAACAAACAAACGUAACAUGGGCUGUCGCAAUGACUGGAUUUUGAGGUCAACUGGUAAUGGUGACCAUAAUGAAUAUGGCAUUGGCAAAGUCAGCAAGAUGUGUAUGAAAACACCAAAGGCUUUAAAAGAUAUGCUAUUGAAACUCAUUAAGAAGGUGAAUUGGAACAACACGACAUACUCAAAAUUACAAACUAUUGGAAUAGUUCACUCAG